UUUACAUUUUCAUUGUCGGCAGAGAGAGGGAGAGUAGUGGAUUCUGUUCUUCUCCAUUCAAACUUCAACUUUUCUUCAUUUUCCCAUUUUCAUUUUCGGCUGAGAAGGGAAGUGAGGAAGCACUGUAUCUUGUCAUCUUUUUCGCCUCCAUCACUCCACUAUUCGGAAAUCUACUCACCACCACUGGACCAGCUGCCAAACAACUCCAAAAACAGCCGGUUCCCACCCCCGAAACCUGCUGCGUUUCAGCUCCCUUAAGCAGCCCCAAACCAGCUGCAAGCCGGCCCCGUUCUAGCCUUGUUCCAGCUCUGAACGUAGCCUUGAAAAUCAGUCCGGAGCCAUCACCACCAGGCGAGCUCCACGCCACUCCGACCGCCACCGAAAUCCCUCUGAAAACCGUUUCGCGAGACGAGAGCGAUGCCGAGGACACACAACUGGGUGACUUUUUCCCCGGAUGUGACUCCUAGUAAAGUGAGGGAAGUUUUGAAUCUGUUCCAAGUGACGUUUACGAUGCUUUCAGAUGAAGACAGGGCACAGGCGAAGGAACAUAGAAAGACUUCCUGGCAAUUAUCGAUGGAAACAGUGACUCUUCUUAAAGAGCAACAAAAAUGUGUAAAUACCAAAAAGUUAUCAGGACCUGUCCCGGGGGUAGAAAUUGGUGACAAAUUCCAAUUUCGGGCUGAACUCGUCGUUAUAGGCCUCCAUCGUCAGUUGCAAAGUGGAAUUGAUUACAUGGAGGAAAAUGGGAUAAAGUUCGCCACGAGCAUUGUCGAGUCCGGUCGCUAUGGCAAUGAUGUAGGAGAAUUUCCUAAUGUUCUGAUAUUUUCUGGUCAAGGUGGAAAUCCAACUAUCGUCAAUAAGCCCCCUGAAGAUCAAAAGCUUACCCGAGGAAAUCUUGCGUUGCAAAACAGCAUGGAUGCUGAGCGCCAUGUCAGGGUUAUUUGGAAGACUGAGAGAGGGUCACAGACAACGUAUACUUACUAUGGGCUGUAUAUGGUGACCCAAUGUAGGCAAGAAAGAGGGGGUUACGGAAAAUUGGUUUAUAAGUUUGUUUUGCAUCGAUUGGCCGGGCAACCGGAAGUCAAUGGAGCACAUGUUGGCAUGCCAAAGAAGUCAAAGAAGUCCAAAGUUUUGAAGUUACCUAGUGUGGUUGUUGGUGAUGUUUCUCAAGGAAAAGAGGAGAAGCCUGUUCGCGCAGUCAACAUCGUGGACGAUGAGAAGCUUCCACCUUUUCAUUAUGUUACCAAUGUGAUCUACCCUGAGUCGUACGAGUCUACCCGCUCUGUCCCUAGGGGUUGCGAUUGCAUCAAUGGAUGCUUAGGUUUUGAGAAAUGUCCAUGCACCGUUGCGUAUGGGGGCGACAUUCCAUUCACUUCGGAAGACGCUAUUGUUAGGAGAAAGCCUCUCGUUUACGAGUGUGGCCCAUCUUGCAAUUGCCCGCUUUCUUGCCAAAAUAGGGUUAGCCAAAACGGAAUUCGGUACCAUUUGGAGAUUUUUAAGACCGUGAAAAUGGGGUGGGGGGUUAGAUCGCGGGACUUCAUUCGAUCCGGCGGUUUUGUUUGCGAGUACACCGGAGAGUUGCUUCGAGAACAGGAAGCAGUGGAAAGAGUCGGUAACGAUGAGUAUCUGUUCGAUAUCGGGAAGAAUGGUAGUGGCUUCACUAUUGAUGCAGCUAAAUUUGGGAAUGUGGGGAGGUUCAUAAACCAUAGCUGCUCUCCAAACCUCUAUGCCCAAAAUGUCCUUUAUGAUCAUGAUGACAAGAGAAUGCCACACAUAAUGUUCUUUGCUACCAAAAACAUACCUCCUUUAAGAGAGUUGACUUAUGAUUACAACUAUAAGGUAGAUCGAGUUGGUGAUGGGAAUGGCGACAUCAAGAGGAAGGAUUGUUAUUGUGGUUCUCACUCGUGUAGUGGGAGGUUGUACUGAGGUAGGAUUUGCUUGAUAAUUUUAAAUGCAUUCUAGGAGCUAAAAUUUUCGUUUGA